CGGGUUGAGCCAUGUGUGAUUGACGGCGACCGUGUUUCUUGUGCGUGUCAUCAUGAACACGAAUGAUUUUUUCAAGAAACUUUGCGUCGGCGUGAACUUCAAUGUGAACAAGUUCAGAUCUGAUGCGGAGCGCUUUAAGCUGGCAAAAAAGCAGCCGGAAAAUGCUGCAGGAGCGGACUUCGAAGACGCUGCUCACAACCAAAGCGCUAGCGCCGGUACCAAGCGGAAAAUCGAAGGUGAUGAAGCCAUUGAGCAGCAGGUGCAUGUGCCCAAGCCCAGCAAGAGGCAACGCAUUCGAGCAAAAGGCACAGAUGUCCCAGCGUUGCUUGAGACCUUUGAAGAACUGGCCACCCGCUACAAGAUUUCUCGAGUACUGCUUCGCAAUGUUAAAGACUUGGGCUAUGAAGCACCGACACCUGUUCAGCGUCAAGCCAUUCCUGCCAUGCUUGAGCGGAGAGAGCUGCUCUGCUGUGCACCAACUGGUUCAGGAAAAACUGCUGCAUUCCUCAUCCCCAUCAUCGCACAGCUUCAGAAACCUCCACCAGUUGCCAAGGGCAAAAACGAUGGCAGUGAGCAGCAGAAGGGUGGCUUUCGGGCGGUGAUCCUGGCACCAACACGUGAGCUGGCACGGCAGACCUAUCGUGAAUGCCUGCAGCUUAUUCGUGACACAGGACUUCACGUCUAUCUCCUAAGCAGCCUCUCAUCUGCCAGAUCACGCCUCCCCAAAGCGCAGCGGAAGUUGGAUAUCUUGGUAGCUACACCAAAUCGGCUACUUUGCCUGACAGACAGCGGAGUGCUCACUCUUAAUAGGGUUGAGUGGCUGAUUUUGGACGAGUCUGACAAGCUGUUCGAAAAUGCGGGGGGCCCCCGAGGCUUCCGUGAGCAGCUUGCCAAGGUCUGCCAAGCAUGCAGCGCAAGCCCACUGAUGCGUCGAGCCCUGUUCAGUGCCACGGCUACUGACCAAGUGGAGGCCUGGUGCAGGCUUCACCUCGAUGCUUUUCUCUCGCUCACCGUAGGAAUACGGAAUGCAGCUGCAGACCUUGUGGACCAAAAGCUUCAGUUUGUGGGCAGCGAGUCAGGAAAACUUCUCGCCAUACGUGGACUCGUCAAGGAGGGCAAGCUCCAGCCACCAGUGCUUGUGUUUGUACAGAGCAAGCAGCGGGCCAAGGAACUCUUUGCCGAGCUCGUGUAUGAUGGCAUAAACGUGGAUGUGAUUCACGCCGAACGAACUCAAGCGCAGCGCGAUCGUGUUGUGCGAGCUUUCCGGUCGGGACAGGUCUGGGUACUCAUCUGCACCGAGGUCUUGGCGCGCGGUCUGGACUUUCAAGGAGUGGGUCUUGUCAUCAACUAUGACGUACCACCAUCUGUUGUGUCAUACGUUCACCGCAUCGGUCGCACGGGCCGUGCUGGUCACCCAGGCAAGGCCAUCACCUUCUUCACAGAAGACGACGUAACGGAGGGUCGCCUGAAGAGCAUUGUGCAUCUUCUUCGUGAAGCUGGACAGCCUUUGCCAGAUUACCUGCUAGGAAGCAAUCCAAAACAACGAGUGCGGCAUCAAACCGUUGCUGAACGUGAGCCUAUCUCAACCAUCCCUCCAGACUUCAAGAAGAAGAAGACGCGUCGUACAAAAAAGGCAUCAAGUGCAAACUUAUCUUGAGUUUUGCCUAUAUUAAAGAAAAACUGUUAAUUCAUGUCUUCUAA